AUGGAGAACGGUAGACACGUGUCGAACCAGGAAUUGAAGAUGCCGGGGAAUGGGAAAGUGAGGUCUGCAGAUCACGGUGAUAUCCGGUUGUCCAGUCAUGACGAACAUGACGCUGGCCCUUCAACACUUACCCACGAGACGGACACCACCGAGCGUGCGAUAAGCGGAGACGGCAACCCGACCGAUGCACGAAAUGAUUCCGACAGCGCUACGGUCGAACAUGAUACGAAUGGAAGUCACCAAAAUGGACAGAUAUCUGGAUCGCCAGAGCAAGGCCUCGGCAUUAUUCUCGAACACACGCAAAGGGAGGGGAACCAGACCCAUCGGACGUCUGUUGUGGAUGUUUUCGGAGGACAAAAGGCCAAGGCUGCUUUGGCGGAAAUUGCUGAAGAUAUGGCGAAACAGCCAGCGGAUGACAAAGAGAAAGUCCUGAAACUCUCUCCGGAGAAGAUCCAGGAACUUACAUCUUCGCCUGAAUCUAUUCCGUACCGUGCAGUGGCACCGGAACCCAACAACGGAAGGAGGGUGGCAUCGGAGAGUACUCAUUCGAAUGGUUCGCAUAUCAGACCGGAGAUAAAGGCUUCGAUUUUGCAGGCUCUCAGCGAGGGUCCGCCACCUGCAGACAAGAUUCGGCCCAUCAAGGAUGUUGAUAUUGAUGCAUCUGUGCCCGCGAGCCCGGUUUCUACACGCAAUACCAGCAAUGCACCUUUGCGGAAUCGCCCGCAUCCAUCGCGAAUAUUUUCCACCCCUGGUCUCUCGCGACGCCCAGCUUCUUCUACACCCAAUGAUGACCGACUCACCCAGACAUGGGCAUCGCGCUCGAAACAAGAUCGACUGGAUGCAGACAGAGAGUUCAAAGAUCUAAAGAGUCAACUCGCUCCAUCUCCGCAGAUCCCCGAGUCGCCUCUCACGUCACCUGUGCCACCAGCUAUCCCUCUACCUCCUGUGUCCAUACCGACCUAUCUUCAACUGGAGCUUGCAUCCGGUCGUCCAUCGCCUCUGUACAUUCAUCGCUCCUCGACCGCCGAUUUCCCUUACGAAUCAUCCGGCGCAAAAAUUGAAAGACUGCUGAAUGUCUUGCUUCUUCCAAUGCAACUAGAGCAGGUUCUCUGUUUUGGAACGCUCGCAUGUCUCGACUCAUGGCUCUAUUCGUUCACGAUCCUCCCUCUUCGCUUUGCGAAGGCUGUAUAUAUGCUAUUUGAAUCUUGGGUGAUGAAUAUCGAUGCUGAGAUGAAGUUUGUUUGGAAAUUUGUCCUGAAUGGCGUUGGUCGGGUGUGGCGAAGGAGGAAUCAGCACCCCGCCGAGGGUCAUGGUGAAAGGCGCGAGAGCGAGCCUGAUGCUACCCCUCGCAUACCGAAUGGAUCAUCCACCGGACAUGACGCGACACCGAUUGAUCGAGAAGCUAGACAUCGGCACUCAGAACCCUCCAAACGGAAACACCGGGCGUCUGAAUCCCGCAAACAUCAUCGGAGGAAGAAGUCGAUGCCGUCGGCCUUGCUACCAGAUGACAAAGCGGAUAUUUUGACGGGUCUGCUCAUGAUUACGACUUGUUGGGCUUUGAUGUAUUUUGAUGCUAGUCGGAUGUACCACUGGAUUCGUGGGCAGGCAGCGAUCAAGCUGUAUGUUAUUUACAACGUGCUGGAAGUGAGUGAUCGACUUUUGGCGGCCCUCGGUCAAGAUGUCCUCGAGUGCCUGUUCUCUCGGGAAGCCCUUGAGCGUCGUCCCGAUGGACGUAGCAAGAUCUUCCGUCCAUUCUGGCUGUUCUUGCUGGCACUGAUAUACACCGUGGCACAUGCGACGUCCCUUUUCUACCAGGUCAUGACGCUGAACGUGGCUGUGAACUCAUACUCGAACGCACUCAUCACGCUGCUGCUAUCCAACCAGUUUGUCGAGAUCAAGUCGACUGUCUUCAGGAAGUUCGAGAAAGAGAACCUUUUCCAACUUACCUGCGCUGAUGUCGUGGAACGGUUCCAGCUGUGGCUUAUGCUCACAAUCAUUGCCUCGCGCAACAUCGUUGAGACUGGUGCUUUCAACUUCAUCGGCGACCUCGGGUUGGGAUCUGGCUUUUCUAGUCAGUCUUCUACCAGCACCAACAGUACGCCUCUGUCCACGCCUCCACGAACUGCAUCGUCCAUUUUGCCUCAGUCUUUCACAUUCUUCCCAUCAUCCAUUCUGUCGUCUUUCAACAAUGUCAACUCCUUUAUCCCAACUUUGGCCCAGGUCCUAGGACCCUUUUUGGUUGUCCUGGGCUCCGAGAUGUUCGUGGACUGGCUGAAACAUGCAUACAUUAACAAGUUCAAUAACUACCGCCCUGCUCUUUACGGCCGGUAUUUGGAUGUUCUCGCCAAAGACUACUAUACGAAUGCCUUCGGUGACCACAACCUCACCCGUCGCCUUGGCCUCCCCGUCAUCCCCCUCUCCUGUCUGUUCUUUCGAGUCUCGGUGCAGACGUAUCAGAUGUUCCUAGCCUCUCUACUGCCUCAACACCCAUCCUCUACAGCAAUGGGAGCGACCUCCCUAUCCUCCAUUCACGACCGCUACGCGACCCUUCCCCUCCCGUCAGCACCGCCUUUGACCCUCCGAACCAUCCUCCCCGCCUCGGCAGCACACAUCAACUCUUUCUUCCGAACCCUGCUUGAAAAUGCCAUCCCAUCACCUGCCCAAUCCGUCCAAAUCUUCACCGUCAUCCUCCUUCUCACCGGCUUCAUCGUCCUACUAAUCCUAAAGCUUCUCCUGGGAAUGGUCCUCCUCGCAUUUGCUCGCUCCCGGUACAAGAAAAUGAAAGCGACGGAGCCAGAAGUGCGCAAGUCCUCGCAUUCAUCGUCCCACCAUCAACCACCCGCCGAAACUCCCGCGCGCAAAGACGAGUUCACAGUUGAAGGAAGUCGUCGCGCUGGGGGUUGGGGUAUGGUUGAGGUUGGCGAUGAGAAGCGGAGAUGGAUCUAUGCUGAUGAUCCCGAUGGUCUGCGGCGUGUUAAGGAGAAGGAGGAUAGGGAUAGAAAUAAGGAUAAGGACUUGAAGAUUGAUCAUGUGCACCGGUAUGAGAUGGUUGCGAAAAAGAUAUGGUGA